AUGUCUCUACUUUAUCAACAGAAAUGCAAAGGAUCCUUGUCUUCCCAAAAACUUACUGUACCUUAUUGCCGCUGGGGCUCAACUCAGACACGUCUAAGCGCUGCCUCUGUUUUGGAAAAUAAUGCCAGCCCUUAUAAUAACAAAACUUUUGGAAUGGCAAGACCAAGCAUUUUUCUGCAAGAUUCUUGGUUAGAAGAAAGGUUCUAUAAGUUACCUGAAACACCAUGUUAUGGAAUAUUCAACCCUAUGUUUUCUCAGAAGGCUAUCAAAACUUAUAAGGCUUAUGUCUACCUAUCUCCAUGUUACACUGUGGAACAAGAAGAGAAAAUAAGUGUUGCUGAAUUAUUGUCUGGGAUUGACUCGCUGUGUAGAGCUCGGAAGAAUGAGGAAAAAAAGGAGAAACUUUCCUAUCUCAGCAGACCCCUGGAUUUACCUAGUUCUUCUCGUGGGCCAAGUGAUACUCCUGGGUUUCAGAUUACGCACAAAGGUAAAGCAUACUGGGACUGGAGAGGUGUGGUUGCACCGAUUCCUGUGAAGGAAGAUGAUCAGAUGAGCCAAAAACAUGAGAGACUGAAGAAGAUAGACUUCCGAACCAACAAAAAGAAAUGUGCUGCAUCGGGUGGUAAAAUAGAAAAGAAAAAAUGGAGUGAUAAAUGCCUUUCCCUUCAAACACAGAAGAAGCUGAAGAAGAACGUAACUCACCCAGAAAUCUUUGAAGCUGUUUGUGAUAGUAAAAAGCAUCCUAGGAAUAGAGAAGAACUUAAAGCAGUCAUUUGCAUUCAAAGAUAUGUGAGAGGGUGGCUCGUACGUAGGGCGUACAUGAGAGUAAAGAUUAAGUCAGCAAGUUAUGGGUCAUCCUUACUAGCAGCUGUAAAGUGCUACCGUAACAUGAUGGCACGCAUUAAAAGUCGAGCUGGUGUUUUGGAUCUGUCUACACCACUUCAUUAUUUUGAAUUAGAGGAGUGGAUGGACAAGAAAAAAUUUUAUGAAGCAAUGUUUUCCAAGAGGGAGUUUGGCCAAAAAAUGGACAGAAAUCAUCUACCUGAGUAUUUUAGAGACUGUGGAUAUUUUAUACCUGCCAGCGGAGUACAGCGGAUCUUUCAGCUGGUCUUUCCAGCUUCUGCUACUGCUGUAAGAAACAUCAAAAAGCAUCAGGCAGUUGAAAUGGCUUUCACUAUGUUUCCUCCUCUUGGUGCAAAAGUGAAGAAUGUAAUUACAGUGCCACUUCCAUGGCUGCAUCCUCUCAUGGAUGGAAGAGGUGGAUCCAAGAAAUCAGUAUUUUCUCAUCGAAAGUCAAAAAAGCCUGAUUUUCAAGUGUCAGCUGCAUUAGUGACUUCUUCAAUGAGAGGGCAGAAAGAAGCGUGCCUCUCUGAUCAAAAUUGA